CGAAGUAUCUACAACCUCCCGCAGUGUCACGCUGUCGCUCCGUCCUAAGAGUUCAUUAAGUGAAACAAUACCCUAGUGUCCAGGUGAAAAGUGUAGUAUAUAAUUGAACACAACGAUACAUUUCAUUAUGCUAUCAACUCUUAAAGACAGCGGUGAACUUCGAUAGUUAAAAUAUCGGAAGUGUACAAAGUCUAUGAAUUAGAAAUACUACACACAAAUCCUCGAAACGUCUGUCGGAAAUAAUACAUAAAUAUCAAACAAUAUCACAUUCUACUACACACUCCAAAAAUAUAGCAUGACACUGCAAAAAAAAACUGCUUAUCUAAUUCUCGUCAGAUAAGCAUGCACUAGAGUUAUCAGCUGUGCUUGAUAAGCGUUGGACUUUACACAUGGCGAACAUCAGACCCCUUUCGGACGCGUUGAGCAAAAAGGCCAUAGCGGAACUGAAUGAACGGCCGGAACGCAUCCAAGAGGAUCUGAACGCGUUUCGCCAAUGGAUCGCCAAGACCGCUUACAUGCGGUCGCGGAUUGACGACCAGUUCCUUAUCGCCUUUCUGAGAGGUUGUAAGUACAGUUUGGAACGAGCGAAAGAAAAGUUGGAUAUGUUCUAUACCGUGCGGACAAUGUCGCCUGAGUUGAUUCGUGGCCGUGAUCCCGAGGAUCCAAAAACGCUAGAGAUUAUACGGCUUGGCGUGGGUCUUGCGCUACCGAAUACGGAAUCGCCCGAUUCUCCCCGGGUGAUACUGAUUCGACCCGCAAUGUAUGAUCCGGCGAAGUACACUAUAGAAGAUGUUAUACGAGUAAGCACCAUGGCAAACGAUUUGAUGAUGGUAGAGGAUGACAAUUUUGUGAUUGCGGGACAGAUCGGUAUCCUGGACCUUGCCAACGUCACAAUGGCUCAUUUUUUGCAAUUCUCGCCUAGUUUCGUGAAGAAAAUGACAAUGAUGAGCCAGGAGGCGUCUCCGUUGCGCCAGAAAGGAUUCCACUACAUAAACACUCCAUCAGGAUUUGAAUUGGUAUUCAACAUGUUUAAAAACUUCAUGAGUGAAAAAAAUAAAUCUCGGCUUUACGUUCACGGACAUGAUUUAGAGUCACUCUAUGAACACGUCCCCAAGCGACUGCUACCAGCAGAAUACGGUGGAGAGGCAGGACCUAUUCAGGACAUCAUAAACCGUGCCGAGAAAAAAUUCCUUGCCAAUCGAGAGUACUUUCUGGAAGAGGAUCAGUACGGAACGGACGAGCGGAAGCGACCUGGCCGGCCAAAGGACGCCGAGUCUUUGUUUGGUGUUGAUGGAUCUUUUCGGCAAUUACAAGUGGACUAAACGAUACUCAACGUCAUUGACUUUAUUUGUGAUUUUAAAUAUAUCCUGUUGACUGAA